ACAUUAAGAUGGAAUUUCCGAAGACUGGCAAACAUUGUUCAAUAAAAGGCUGCCAAUUAUUGGAUUUUUUGCCAUUUGUAUGUAAACACUGUCAAGCUACUUUCUGUAAAGAACAUUUUCACAUGAUAUCACAUGAGUGUCUAAAAGCAGAGAAUCCAGAGCCAAGUUUGGUAAAGCUAUUAAAUUUCCUUUGCUCUAAAGAGUCUUGCAAGGAAAUAUCACCAAUUCAGAUGCCUUGUGUCAAAUGCAAGCAACAUUUUUGCUUGGCACAUAGAUAUCAUGGAUGCUUAGAAUUGAGCGAAGUGGAAAAAACUCAAAAAUUGAAAAAAUGGCAAAUUCCAAAGAAACAGUUUGCAGAAGCAAAAGCCUUAGUAGAUCAACAAAUUACAGAUAGUUUAAAAAAGUCCAAAAAUACUGCAAUGGCAAAUAAAGUGCAACUUAUGCGAGUGAAAGGAUCAGCAAUUGGUCCGAAAAAUGUACCAAUGAACGAGAGGUGUUACUUCUUUGUAUAUUUACCACUCAUAGUUAAAAAUAAACACAUAGGUACUUCAAAAGGAGUCUUUGUCAACAUGCAGUGGACAAUUGGCAAAUGUAUAGAUUCAAUGGCUGAUACACUUAAAGUUCCCAAUAAUAAUGCAGCAACUACAAAUAAGUUACAACUCUAUCAUCAUUCUAAUGGAGCUCUAAUAUGUAAUGAGAUGGAUACACCUUUAGUAAAAUUAUUUAAGGAUUCUAUUAUCGUCGAUGGACAACAAGUUGUUUUGGAAUAUUCUGACAAUGUACCUUUAGAAAUAUCGUUAUAUAAAUAGAUUUUACUUAUAA